UUCAAAUCGCCCCACAUGGAAGGACACUCCUCCUCAUGUUCCUCGUCCUGUUCCUCCUCCACCUAUUGCUCCUCCUCCUUCAUCUCCUGCUCCUCCUCCUCCUCCUCCUUCUCCUGCUGGGCGCUUGCUUCUUCAGCUGCCUGGACCGCAGAACCGGAGAACGUGACGAGGAGGAAAAGAGAAAGAAGGAAUAAAUGCAGUGAAUGCAUCUCACGUCUUAAGAAGCUUGUGAAAAACCUUGGAACGAUGGACGUGAGAGACGGAGCGGCAGUGUGGGAAACCCUGGCCAGCCGGGACUCAUGUUCCAGACACGCAGCCAUGGAGCACAUUGAGCAGGAUGUGAAGAAGAAGGUGGAGAGUAUCAAGCCGAUCCUGAAGACACCACCACCGGCAUCAUCGGUGCCAUCAUCGACGUCUCCUGGCAAGGCAGAGGAUCUGAACUGCGUCCUGGCACGCGUCCUCAUGCUGUCCAAGAGGUGUCCUUACGAAGACGUGAAGGAAAGAUGCAUCUGGUUGCUCCGCAGCGUCCAGGAUUUGGGAGUGCGGAUCCCGAGACCCCUGGGAAACGGACCGAGCAGAUUCAUCCCGGAGAAAGAGAUCCUUCAAAUCAGCAAAGUGGACACCAGGACGCAAACGAUAUUCGAGGACGCGUUUUCACUCGGCCGGCUUGAUAACAUCUGCCUGGUGAUGGGCUUCCAUCCUCAUUACCUGGACUGCUUCCAGAAGACUCAGCAUUACCUGCUUCAGAUGGACGGACCCUUGUCCCACCACUACAGGCACUACUUAGGCAUAAUGGCCGCCGCCAGACAUCAGUGUUCAUACCUGGUCAAUCUGCACGUGAACGAUUUCCUGCAGGUUGGAGGAGACCCCAAGUGGCUGAACGGCCUGAAGGGGGCGCCGCAGAAGCUCCGAGCCCUGGGAGAACUCAACAAGAUCCUGGCUCACCGGCCGUGGCUGCUCACGGAGACGCACAUCAAGAACCUGCUGAAGGCCGAGGAGCACAGCUGGUCCUUAGCCGAGCUGAUCCACGCCGUGGUCCUGCUCACACACUACCACUCCCUGGCCUCGUUCACGUUCGGCUGCGGGAUCACGCCCGACAUCCACGCCGAAGGAGGACACACGUUCAGACCGCCCUCGCUCAGCGGCUACUGCGUGUGCGACAUCGCCAACGGCAACAGCGCUCUAGAGGAUACACUCGGAAGCCAGCAGGAGAUGGAGGAGUUGGGUGAGGUAGAAGUGCUGAUGGAGAGGAUGAAGCAGCUGCAGGAGUGUCGUGAUGAAGAGGAGGCCAGUCAGGAGGAGAUGGCCACGCGGUUCGAGAGGGAGAAGAAGGAGAGCAUGCUCGUCUCCACAUCAGGAGAUGAGGAGUGUGUUCCGUCCAGGGACGUCUCCCGCCAUUUCGAGGACCCCAGUUACGGCUACCAGGACUUCUCCAGGAGAGGAGAACACGUCCCGACCUUCAGAGUGCAGGACUACAGCUGGGAGGAUCACGGCUUCUCCUUGGUGAACCGGCUGUACCCGGACGUCGGCCAGCUGCUGGACGAGAAGUUCCAGAUCGCCUUCAAUCUCACGUACAACACGAUGGCCACGCACCAGGGUGUCGACACGUCCAUGCUCCGGCGCGCCAUCUGGAACUACAUUCACUGCAUGUUCGGGAUCAGGUAUGACGAUUACGAUUACGGUGAGAUCAACGAGCUGCUGGACAGCAGCUUUAAAGUCUACAUCAAGACCAUGGUGUGUAGCCCGGAGAAGACCACCAAGAGGAUGUACGAGAGCUUCUGGAGGCAGUUCCAGCACUCUGAGAAGGUCCACGUCAAUUUGCUUCUUAUGGAAGCGCGCAUGCAGGCUGAACUGCUCUACGCUCUGAGAGCCAUCACGCGCUAUAUGACAUGAAGUGUCUCUUAUAUAAUUUCACUCUGUUGGAUUUUUAUAUAGAUAAAAAAAAAAAUAACGACCAGAAGUGAAGAAAUCGCCUUUGUACGGGAUAAAAAAAAAAUCUGAGCACAUGCGCUCACUCGGUUUACCAGCAGAGGGAGCUGUUUCAUGGGAUAAACCUGAGACUGAGACAGACUGAGCUUUUUUUUCCCUCUCAGAGGCGAGACCUCGCUAGUAUUUUAAAAUGCAUCCAGAUGAUGGAAGAUGCUCCUCAAAUCAUUUCUUUUUUAUUUGUAGACGACAGGACAACCGCACGACUCCAACUCCAGUAUCGGUGCAAGCAGAAUGCACUAAUCAUGCCUUUCUACUUUUUCUUUUUUUUCUUUUUUUUUUUUUGAAAGAAGAGCAUUUGUGCAGCUGUGUGGUUUAAAAAAAAAAUGAAUUAGAAGGGGAAAAAACGUGAAGCACCGGAGAUCUGAAAGCUCUGAAGUGCUGUUUGUUGAAUGCUGCUUUUCUCGUUCGAGAGAGAAAAAAAAACAAAAAACACCCGAAUCAUUGCCAAUUUCAUAAGCUAACGUGUAGGACGUGUGAUAAAGAGCGAGAGAGGGAUAAAAAUGUGUGUGUAGAAGUGUGUGUGUGUGUGUGUGUGUGUGUGUGUGUGUGUGAUAGGAAGUGAUUGAAAAGAAUUAGCUGUCUGAGCCCAUUGUUUUUGGUUUACUGUAAACUACCACUUUGUCUCUAGUUACCGAUGUGUUUUAUAUAAAAUAUACAUAAAAAAUUAUAUAUUAUAUAUAAAUCGUAUCAUAGCCUCUCUUUUUUUGGUAUUUCAGGCCGAAAAAAUAUCAACAAGCACUUUUUAUGAUAUAUAAAAAAAAAUAAAAAAAAGUUGCUUCAGCUAUAAUGUAGCCGGUGUUCAGUAAAUUUUUUUUUUUUUCAUUUUUUUUUUCCCCUGGGGGGAGGGGGGUUUGAAUAGUGACCAUUUCCUGGCUUCACUCAGAUCGAUGGAUUAUCAACAAUAUAAACCAGUCUUCCUGUUGAUGAUGUGAUGCGCUUCCUUCCAUCCUUCCUUACCCCAUCAUCCCUCUCUUUAACCCCUUCACCUUUACCUGUCUUCCCUUUUCCCCCUCAGUCACAUGGUCAUCAUAUUAAAAAUAAAAAAAGACAAAAAAUC